CACCGAAGCCAGCGAGCCCUUCGUUGGAUGCCGAAGGCUGGCUCCUCCAGCGUGGGUGCCGAGGCUGCCAUGGGUGUCUUCAAAGUGUGGCUCGGGGUGGCCCUGGCGGUGGUGGAAUUUGCGUUAUUGCCUCAUCAUGCCGAAGGUGCUUGUGCCUAUCAGGGUUCCGUGUUGGAGGAUGCCACAAUUUGGAAGCCCGAUUCAUGCCAGAACUGCCGUUGCCAUGGUGAUAUCGUUAUCUGUAAACCUGCUGUUUGCAGAAACCCUCAGUGUGCCUUUGAGAAGGGAGAAGUACUUCAGAUCGCCGCCAACCAGUGCUGCCCCGAGUGUGUCUCCAGGACUCACGGAUCUUGCCAUCAUGAAGGGAGAAUCCACGUGCAUGGGUCAGAGUGGGUCUCCUCGCCAUGCAGUGUGUGCUCCUGCGCUCGCGGGGAGGUUCGAUGCACCCCCCAGCCAUGCCCAUCACUCUCUUGCGGACCCCGGGAGCUGGAGUUCAUCCCUGAAGGAAGCUGCUGCCCUGUCUGCGUGGGCCCUGGGAAACCCUGCUCCUACGAAGGCCGAGUGUUUCAGGAUGGGCAAGACUGGCGCUUGAGCAGAUGUGCCAAGUGUGUGUGCGGCAAUGGGGUGGCCCAGUGCUUUGCAGCCCAGUGCCGGCCUCUGUUUUGUAAGCAGGAUGAAACUAUAGUCCGAGUCCCUGGAAAAUGUUGUCCACAGUGUUCUGCGAGACCCUGCUCGGCAGCUGGCCAAGUGUACCAGCACGGUGAGCAGUGGAGUGAAAACGCUUGUACCACGUGUAUAUGUGACCAGGGCGAGGUCAGGUGCCACAGACAGGCCUGCCCGCCACUGAGAUGCGGAAAGGGUCAGAGCAGGGCUCGGCCUCAUGGGGCAUGCUGCGAAGUGUGUGUGCCCCCUGCCGGAAGCUGCUCCCACAAUGGGAUUGUGCGGUAUCAGGACGAAAUGUGGAAGGGCUCAUCGUGUGAGUUCUGCACGUGUGACCAUGGCCAAGUGACCUGCCGGACUGGAGAGUGUGCCAAAGUGGAGUGUGCCCAGGGUGAAGAAUUAAUUCACGUAGAGGGAAAAUGCUGCCCUGAGUGCAUUUCGAGGAACAGCUACUGUGUUUAUGAAGAAAAUGCAGACUUUAUGUCGUCCAAUGCUAGUGAAGUUGCACGUAUUCCAGAGGAGGAUACGUGGAAGGCCGGCCCUUGCAAGGUGUGUGAGUGUCGGGGGGCUCAGGUCACUUGCUACGAGCCCUCCUGUCCACCUUGCCCAGUGGCCACACUAGCUGUGAAGGUGAAGGGCCAGUGCUGUCCAGAGUGCACAUCGGCUCAUUGCCACAAGGACUGCCUGACCUGUUCUCGAGCUCCAGAUCACUGUGAUCUCUGCCAGGAUCCCACCAAGUUACUGCAGGACGGACGCUGUGUGCACAGCUGCACUCUGGGGUUUUACCAAGCCGGCGGUGUCUGCUUAGCCUGCCAGUCCCAGUGCGCCACAUGCACCAGUGAGCUAGAGUGCUCAUCCUGCCGGGCGCCCCUGCUGAUGCAGCACGGCCAGUGUGUGCCCACCUGUGCGCACGGCUUCUACCAGGAGCACCGCUCCUGUGCAGUUUGCCAUGAGUCCUGUGCGGCAUGCUGGGGGCCCUCGGAAAAGAACUGCUUGGCCUGCAGAGAUGCCUUCCAAGUGCUGAGAGAGGGGAGCUGUGAGAGCAGCUGCGGAGACGGCUUUUACCACAAGCAGGGGAUCUGCACAGUUUGUCAUAGCUCGUGUGCCAGCUGCUCUGGACCCACGGCCUCUGACUGUGCAGCCUGCGCCCACCCCCACGUGCUGCGCCAAGGCCGCUGCCUGCCGAGCUGUGGCGAGGGCUUCUACCCCGAUCACGGGAUCUGCAAAGCGUGCCACUCCUCGUGCCUGACUUGCGUGGGGCCCGAGCCCUCUCACUGCUCCCGGUGUUGGAAGCCUGAAGAUGGAUUGCAAGUUGAGCAACUGUCUGCAGGGAAUGCCCCGUAUGGCCUAUGCCUGUCCCACUGUAGAGACAAAUUUUACUUGGAGAACACGGGCUUGUGUGAAGCCUGUCACCAAUCCUGUGUCAGGUGUGCAGGGAAGAGCCUGCAUAACUGCACAGCCUGCCAGCCUUCCCACGUGCUGUUGGAUGGCCAGUGCCUCUCCCAUUGCCCAGAUGAGUACUUCAACCAGGAAGGCAGGUGUACAGAAUGCCACCCAACCUGCAAGCAGUGCCAUGGCCCCUCAGACUCCGACUGCACCUCUUGUCACCCGCAUGGCGCUCUUGUGGGGGGAAGCUGUUGGACUGCCUGCAAGGAACAGCAGUUCCUCAACCUCGGGGGAUCCUGUGCCGACUGUCAUCCCCUGUGCCAGCACUGCACAGCCAAUCUCCACCACACGGGGAGCGUGUGCCUGCAGUGCCAGAGUGCCCACCACCUGCUGCUGGGGGACCGCUGUGUUUCUGAUUGCCCUUCUGGAUACUACACGGACAAAGGAGCUUGUAAAAGAUGCCACUCUUCUUGCAGAACCUGUCAGGGCAGAGGUCCCUUUGCCUGCUCCUCAUGUGACACCCACCUGGUUCUCUCACACAUUGGCACCUGUAUCACCACCUGCUUCCCUGGGCACUAUCUGGAUGACAACCAUGUUUGCCAAUCAUGCAACACACAUUGUCGAAGCUGUGAUUCACAGGCCAGAUGCACCUCCUGCCGGGAUCCAAACAAGGUCCUGCUCUCUGGGGAGUGUCAGUACGAGAGCUGUGCCCCACAGUACUAUCUUGACUUCAUCACCAGGACAUGCAAAGAGUGUGAUUGGAGCUGCAAUGUAUGCAAAGGACCUCUGAGAACAGACUGCCUGCAGUGUAUGGAUGGCUAUGUUCUCCAGGACGGGGCCUGCGUGGAACAAUGCUCACCACCAUUCUACCGUGACUUGGGCCUCUGCAAGAGCUGUGGCCUCCCCUGUCUCCAGUGUCAAGGUCCCCAGGAAUGUACUCGCUGUGAAGGGCCGUUUCUCCUCCAGGGCAACCGGUGUGUCCUGGAAUGUGAGAAGGGGUACUUUGCAGACCACGCAAGUAACAAGUGCACAGCAUGCCCUCGAGGGUGCUUGCAGUGCAGCCACUUGGACCGGUGUCACCUCUGUGACCAUGGGUUCUCUUUGAAGAGUGGCCUUUGUGUUUCCACCUGUGUCCCUGGCUUCUCCGGCCUCUCUGCUAAUGGGACAUGUGCUGGUAAAACGCACACCCCUAGUCUUCAUGUGAAUGGCUCCCUCACCCUUCCAAUUGGUUCCAUGAAGCCGCUGGAGUUUUCGUUCCUGAAUGUGCAAGCCCAGGGCGGCAGGGUUGAGGACCUCCUCUUUCACGUCGUGAGCACCCCCACCAACGGCAGGCUGGUGCUCUCCAGGCACGGGAGAGAGGUGCAGCUGGACAAGGCGGGCCGUUUCAGCUGGAAAGAUGUGAAAGAGAAGAGAAUGCGCUUUGUGCACAGCAAAGAAAAGCCCAGGAAAGGUUACUUUUCCCUGAAAGUUAGUGACCAACAGUUCUUCUCUGAGCCACAACUGAUCAACGUACAAGCAUUUUCAACACAGGCCCCGUAUGUGCUGAGAAAUGAAAUCCUCCACAUCAGCAAAGGAGAGAGUAGACGCAUCACCACUCAGCUGCUUGACAUCCGGGAUGAUGAUAACCCACAGGAUGUGGUAGUUGAAGUGCUGGAUCCUCCACUGCAUGGCCAAUUGCUCCAGAUGCUUCAGGCUCCCACAGCCCCUAUCUAUCAAUUCCGACUGGAUGAGCUCUCCCGGGGGCUUCUCCAUUAUGCUCACGAUGGCUCGGAUAACACAUCUGAUUUUGCAGUCCUGCAGGCCAAUGAUGGACACUCCUUCCGAAAUAUACUAUUCCACGUGAAGAUGGUACCCAAGAAUGAUGGAAGACUUCGUCUUGUGGCCAAUUCAAUGGUGUGGGUUCCAGAAGGCGGGAUGCUGCAGAUUACCAACAGAAUCUUACAGGCGGAAGCGCCACGUGCCAGUGCCUCAGACAUCGUCUACAAAAUCACACCAGACUAUCCCCAGUUUGGGGAGGUGGUCCUUCUGCUUAAUAUGCCCGCAGACAGUCCAGCAGAUGAAGGACGGCACCUGCCAGAUGGGAGGACAGCAACCCCCACAAGCACCUUUACCCAGCGAAACAUCAAUGAAGGCAUCGUGUGGUAUAGGCACUCGGGGGCCCCAACUCAAAGCGACUCCUUCCGCUUUCAGGCCCGAGAAGACCGCCUGACUGUGAUCCAGCCUCAUUCCUUGUCCUUCGUAAACUCUGAGAAGCCAAGUGGAGAGAUUAUAUACAACAUCACUCAGCCUCUGCAUCCAAGUCAAGGCCUCAUCGAACACAGAGACCAGCCUCACUCUCCCAUCCAGUAUUUCACACAGGAGGAUGUUAACCAAGGCAAAAUCCUGUACCGACCUCCCCCGGCGGCUCCCCACCUCCAGGAGAUCACGGCCUUCUCCUUCGCAGGUCUCCCAGAAUCGGUGAAAUUCUACUUCACAGUUUGGGACGGAGAGCACGCAAGUCCGGAGAUGGCCCUCACCAUUCACUUGCUCCCCACGGAUCAGCAGCCCCCUGUGUUCCAGCUCGCAGCGCCGCUCCUGGGGGUCGCCCAGGGAGGCAGCACUUCCAUAGGACUUCAGGUGCUAGUAAGCAAUGCUGACACCAUACCUGACGAGCUCUACUUCGAGCUUCGGAAACCUCCACAGCACGGCGUGCUCCUGAAGUACUCUGCCGAGUUCCAAGGACCCAUGGUCGCAGGUGACCCUUUCACAUAUGAAGAUAUUGAGAAAAAUACUCUGCAGUACAGACAUGAUGGCUCUUCUGCCCGGGAAGAUAGCAUGGAGUUUGCCGUCACAGACGGCAUCACCACCGCGACAUUGGACGUGAGAGUGGAGGUGUCGCUGUCAGAGCGCCGGGGACCUCGGCUGGCGGCUGGCUCCUCUCUGAGGAUCACGGUGGCUACUAAAAGCUCAGCCAUCAUCACCAGGUCACACCUUGCUUACGUUGAUGAUUCUUCCCCUGACCCAGAGAUAUGGAUUCGGCUAACUUCACUGCCUACGUAUGGUACGCUCUUAAGAACCUCCAGGCAAGUGGUGGAAGAACUGGCAGAGCUUUCCAAUUUCACAAUGGAAGACAUCAACAACAACAACAUUAGGUACUCAGCUAUCUUUGAGCCCAGUGGUCAUCUGGUUACUGAUAACUUCCAUUUCUCUGUCUCUGACAUGGACCAUAACCACCUGGACAAUCAGAUAUUUACCAUUAUUAUCACCCAUGCUGAGAAUCCACCUCCAGUCCUUGCUUUUGCUGACCUGAUCACGGUCGAUGAGGGGGGGAGAGCCCCACUCUCAUUUCACCAUUUCUUUGCUACUGAGGAACAGGACAACCUCCAGGAAGAUGCCAUCAUUAAACUGAGUGCUCUGCCCAAAUACGGCUGCAUUGAGAACACCGGAACAGGUGCUCGGUUUGGCCCUGGGGCUACCAGUGACUUGGAGGCAUCAUUCCCAAUUCAAGACAUUCUAGAAAACUACAUCUACUACUUUCAGAGCGUUCAUGAAAGCAUUGAACCAACCCAUGAUAUUUUUAGUUUUUAUGUGAGUGAUGGAACCAGUCGUUCGGAAAUUCACAGCGUCAAUAUCACCAUUGAGAGGAAGAAUGAUGAGCCUCCUAGGAUGACCCUCCAGCCCCUCAGGGUGCAGCUAAGCUCAGGAGUGGCGAUAAGCAAUUCUUCUGUGAGCCUGGAAGACUUGGACACCCCAGAUAAUGAGCUAAUUUUUGUCUUGACCCAAAAGCCUGGCCACGGUCAACUAGUGUGGAAGCAAACUGCCUCUGAGCCUCUAGAGAGUGGGAGGGCUUUAGCCCCGGGCUCCUCCUUCACCUACCAGGAUGUCCUGGACCAGUUGAUUUGGUUCAAGCCAAGUGUUCAGGGUGUGGCAUUGGAUGAGUUUCGGUUCUCCCUCACUGAUGGCCAACAUGCUGACACGGGGAGGAUGGAGAUCUACAUAGAGUUGCCUACAGAGGACACACUCCAGUUGGUUGUUAACCGGGGCCUACAGCUCUCAGCAGGGUCCGUGGCACGCAUCACGGAGCAGCACUUGAAAGUGACCGAUAGUGACUCAGACGACCACCGGGUUGUGUACAUCAUGAAGGAAGAGCCUGCUGUGGGGCGCCUGCAGAUGGUGAAACGUGACAACCUGGAGCACAUCUCUGUGAAGGGCCCCACCCGGAGUUUCACGCAGGCCGACAUCAGCCAAGGGCAAGUAGAAUAUAGUCACGGAAAGGGAGAGUCUGGAGGCAGCUUUACUUUUAAAUUUGAUGUGGUUGAUGAAGAAGGCAACAAAUUGACUGGCCAAUCAUUUUCCAUCAACGUUUUAGAAGAUAGAUUCCCGCCAGUCAUCACCACCAAUAAAGGUCUGGUCUUAGAUGAAAACUCAGUGAAGAAAAUCACCACUCUGCAACUAUCAGCCACCGACCAGGACAGCGAGCCUGCAGCCUUGAUCUACAGAGUCACCGAGCAGCCCCGACUAGGCCACCUGGAACAUGCAGCAUCGCCAGGUGUCCAGAUUAGCUCCUUCACUCAAGCCGACCUGACUUCACAGACCAUUCAGUAUGUCCAUUCCAGUGCCGCCGAGGAACACACGGAUGCCUUCCGUUUUACACUCUCUGACGGAGCCAGUGAGGUCACCCAGACUUUCCACAUCACCAUUCACCCUGUGGAUGACUCCCUGCCCGUCGUCCAGUGUCCCGGCAUGCGGGUCCAGGAGGGCGUGAGGAAGACCAUCACAGAGUUUGAGCUCAAGGCGGUCGAUGCAGACACAGAGGCUGAGUUCAUCACCUUCACCAUCGUGCAGCCCCCACGCCACGGCACCAUCGAGCGAACCACCGAUGGACAGCACUUCCGACUCACCUCCACCUUCACCAUGGAGGACAUCUACCAGAACCGGGUCAGCUACAGCCAUGACGGCAGUAACUCCCUCAAAGACCGGUUCACCUACACUGUGUCUGAUGGCACCAACCCCUUCUUUAUGAUUGAGGAGGCGGGGAAAGAGAUGAUGACAGCUGCUCCUCAGAGGUUCCGAGUAGACAUCCUCCCGGUGGACGACGGCACUCCAAGAAUUGUCACCAACCUGGGGCUCCAGUGGCUAGAGUACAUCGAUGACCAGGCAACCAACCUGAUCACCAAGAAGGAACUGCUGACCAUGGACCCGGACACCGAGGACCCGCAGCUUGUCUAUGAGAUCACGACAGGCCCCAAGCACGGCUACGUGGAGAACAAGCUUCAGCCGGGCACCGCUGCUGCUCUUUUCACCCAGGAGGACGUGAACUUGGGGCUGAUUCGAUACGUGUUGCACGAGGAGAAGACCCAUGAAAUGAUGGAUAGUUUUCAGUUUCUGGUGAAAGACAGCAAACCUAAUGUGGUCAGCGACAAUGUCUUCCAUAUCCAGUGGUCCCUCAUCAGUUUUAAAUAUACCAGCUACAAUGUCAGUGAGACAGCAGGCUCAGUCAGCGUCACGGUGCAGAGGAUGGGGAACCUGAAUCAGUACGCCAUCGUCCUGUGCCGUACCACGCAAGGCACUGCUAGCUCCAGCUCCAGAGCCAAGAUCCCACCCGGGCAGCAAGACUACGUGGAGUAUGCUGGCCAGGUGCAGUUUGAUGAGCGAGAGGACACCAAGUCCUGUACCAUCGUCAUCAAUGAUGACCACGUGUUUGAGAACAUCGAGAGCUUCACUGUGGAGCUCAGCAUGCCCGCAUCGGUGUACCACUUUCCCACUUCCACAGGAGCCACCAGCAGCAACACAAGCCAGGCCCAGUGGACAGUGUCAAUGAAGGAAAUGGAAAGACUGACAAGAGAUUCCAGCAGCAUUGUGUCUGCAGUUUGCUACACGGUCCCGAAGUCAGCUAUGGGAAGCAGCCUCUAUGCUCUAGAAUCAGGCUCUGAUUUUAAAUCUAGAGGGAGGUCUGCUGAGAGCCGGGUGAUAUUUGGGCCUGGUGUCACCAUGUCAACCUGUGAUGUCAUGCUCAUUGAUGACAGUGAGUAUGAAGAGGAGGAAGAGUUUGAGAUUGCGCUGGCAGAUGCUUCUGACAAUGCUCGCAUCGGAAGAGGGGCCUUGGCCAAGGUGCUCAUCAGUGGCCCCAAUGAUGCCUCCACAGUAUCCCUGGGCAACACAGCAUUCACUGUCAGCGAGGAUGCAGGCACCGUGAAGAUUCCAGUUAUCCGGCAUGGCACUGACCUGUCAACCUUCACAUCUGUCUGGUGUGCCACACGGCCCUCGGACCCAGCUUCCGCCACUCCAGGAGUUGACUAUGUCCCCAGCUCUAGGAAAGUAGAAUUUGGGCCUGGUGACACUGAGCAGCAUUGCACUUUAGCCAUCUUGGACGAUGCUCAGUAUCCAGUAAUUGAAGGACUGGAGACAUUUGUGGUUUUCCUCAGCUCCGCACAAGGGGCCGAACUGACCAAACCCUUCCAAGCCGUCAUUGCAAUUAAUGACACCUUCCAGGAUGUGCCCAGCAUGCAGUUUGCCAAGGAUUUGCUCCUAGUGAAAGAGAAGGAGGGUGUCCUGCACAUUCCUCUCAUUCGGAGCGGGGACCUAAGUUACGAGUCAUCUGUGAGGUGCUACACGCAGGGCCAUUCAGCUCAGGCCAUGGAGGACUUUGAAGAGAGAAGAAACGCUGACUCUUCGCGGAUCACGUUCCUGAAAGGGGAGAAACUGAUUGUAGAGUCCAUAUGCUUAACCUCCGAGAGAGUCCCCCCCACCAUUGAGUUUGAAGAAGCUGCCUACCAAGUUCGGGAACCUGCAGGGCCAGAUGCCACUGCUAUUCUUGACAUUAAGGUGAUCCGAAGAGGCGAUCAGAACAGGACCUCCAAGAUCCGCUGUAGCACCCGGGACGGCUCUGCCCAGUCUGGUGUGGACUAUUACCCCAAAAGCCGAGUCCUCAAGUUCAGCCCUGGCGUGGAUCAUAUAUUUUUUAAAGUUGAGAUCCUGUCCAAUGAAGAUCGGGAAUGGCAUGAGUCUUUCUCCCUCGUCCUUGGCCCGGACGACCCUGUGGAAGCGGUACUCGGGGAUGUGACCACAGCCUCCGUGACGAUUCUAGACCAGGAGGCAGCAGGGAGCCUCAUAUUGCCAGCACCGCCCAUCGUCGUCACACUUGCUGACUAUGACCAUGUAGAAGAGGUUACCAAGGAUGGGAUCAAGAAGUCCCCGUCUCCAGGCUACCCACUGGUGUGUGUCACCCCCUGUGACCCUCGUUUCCCUAAAUACGCCGUCAUGAAGGAGCGCUGCAGUGAGGCCGGCAUCAACCAGACGUCGGUGCAGUUCAGCUGGGAAGUGGCCGCCCCCACCGACGGCAAUGGGGCCCGGUCUCCCUUUGAGACCAUCACUGAUAACACGCCCUUCACCAGUGUCAGCCACAUGGUUCUGGAUAGCAUUUACUUUAGCCGACGGUUCCAUGUGCGCUGUGUGGCAAAGGCUGUAGACAAGGUGGGCCACGUGGGGACCCCCUUACGGAGCAACAUUGUUACCAUCGGAACAGACAGCGCUAUCUGCCACACCCCAGUGGUAGCUGGGACAGCUAGAGGGUUCCAGGCUCAGUCCUUCAUCGCAACCUUGAAAUACCUGGAUGUCAAGCACAAGGAGCAUGCAAACAGGAUCCACAUCUCCGUGCAAAUCCCACAUCAAGAUGGAAUGCUGCCCCUGAUCUCCACCAUGCCAUUGCACAACCUGCACUUCCUCUUAUCUGAGUCCAUCUACAGACACCAGCACGUCUGCUCCAAUCUUGUCACUACCCGAGACCUGAGAGGCAUCUCAGAGGCCGGGUUCCUGGACGAUGUGGUCGACGACAGCACUGCCCUGGGGCCUGGUUACGACCGCCCGUUCCAGCUGGACCCCAGCGUGCGGGAGCUGAAGACCAUCCAGCUCUACCAGCACCUGAACCUGAAGAGCUGUGUCUGGACCUUCGAUGCGUAUUAUGACAUGACGGAGCUGAUCGAUGUCUGUGGAGGGUCUGUGACUGCUGACUUCCAGGUGAGAGACUCUGCUCAGUCGUUCCUGACGGUGCAUGUGCCUCUCUAUGUGUCCUACAUCUACGUGACGGCCCCCAGGGGCUGGGCCUCCCUGGAGCACCACACCGAGAUGGAGUUCUCCUUCUUCUAUGACACUGUUCUCUGGAGAACAGGAAUCCAGACAGACAGCGUGCUCUCUGCAAGGCUGCAGAUCAUCAGAAUCUAUAUUCGAGAGGACGGCCGUCUCGUCAUUGAAUUCAAGACUCAUGCCAAAUUCAGAGGACAGUUUGUAAUGGAGCACCACACUCUCCCCAAUGUGAAAUCCUUCAUAUUGACUCCAGACCACCUGGGAGGAAUUGAAUUUGAUCUACAGCUUUUAUGGAGUGCUCAGACUUUUGAUUCUCCACAUCAACUCUGGAGAGCCACUAGCUCUUAUAACAGGAAGGACUAUUCGGGGGAGUACACGAUCUACCUGAUCCCUUGCACCGUGCAGCCCACACAGCCAUGGGCUGGCCCAGGAGAGAAGCCUUUGGCCUGCACUGCGCAUGCCCCAGAGAGGUUUCUGAUACCCAUCGCAUUCCAGCAGACCAGCCGCCCCGUGCCGGUCGUCUAUUCCCUCAACACCGAAUUUCAGCUCUGCAAUAACGAAAAGGUCUUCCUCAUGGAUCCCAACACGGCCGAGAUGUCACUGGCGGAAAUGGAUUACAAGGGAGCCUUCUCAAAAGGUCAAAUCCUUUAUGGCCGAGUGCUUUGGAAUCCAGAGCAAAACCUCAAUUCUGCUUACAGACUCCAACUAGAGAAGGUCUAUCUUUGUACUGGCAAGGAUGGCUACGUGCCUUUCUUCGACCCCACAGGCACAAUCUACAAUGAAGGGCCACAGUAUGGGUGCAUCCAGCCCAACAAGCACCUGAAGCACAGAUUCCUGCUGCUGGACCGCAGCCAGCCCGAGGUCACCGAUCAGUACUUCCAUGAUGUGCCUUUUGAGGCCCACUUUGCUUCCGAGUUGCCUGAUUUCCACGUGGUCAGCAGCAUGCCGGGAGUGGAUGGCUUUACCCUGAAGGUGGACGCACUCUACAAGGUGGAAGCAGGACACCAGUGGUACCUCCAGGUCAUCUACAUCAUUGGCCCAGACACCAUCUCCGGACCCCGGGUCCAGCGCUCCCUCACAGCCCCGCUGAGGCGCAACCGCAGAGACCUGGUAGACCCCAGUGGCCGAUUGACCCUGCAUGAUUCCCUCAUCUAUGACAAUGAAGGGGACCAAGUCAAGAAUGGCACUAAUAUGAAGUCCCUGAAUUUGGAGAUGCAAGAGCCAGUUGUCGCUGCUUCUCUGUCCCAAACUGGGGCGUCCAUUGGCAGUGCCUUGGCUGCCAUCAUGCUUCUACUGCUGGUGUUUCUGGUCGCUUGUUUCAUCACCAGGAAAUGCCAGAAACAGCCCAAAAAGCCGCCCGCGGAGGAUUUCUUGGAAGAAUACCCUCUGAACACAAAGGUCGACGUGCCCAAGAGGAAGCUGGACAGAGUGGAGAAGAACGUGAACAGACAGUACUGCACUGUGCGGAACGUCAACAUACUGAGUGAGCCCAAGGGGGCCUAUACGUCCAAAGGGGUGAAAGUGAAAAAGCUGAACCUGGAAGUCCGAGUCCACAACAAUUUACAAGAUGGAACCGAAGUUUAACCGAGGAGACCCGUGUGGGGGUUUUUUUCAUUUCGUUUUGUCUUCUAAAAUCAUUUUUAUAAAA